AGCACAGCUAACGCUUCCUCCUCCUCCAGACGCGAGUGCAUCUCCGUCCACGUCGGCCAGGCCGGCGUCCAGAUGGGCAACACCUGCUGGGAGCUGUACUGCCUGGAGCACGGCAUCCAGCCUGAUGGGCAGAUGCCCAGCGACAAGACCAUCGGUGGAGGGGAUGACUCCUUCACCACCUUCUUCUGCGAGACCGGGGCUGGGAAGCACGUCCCACGGGCCAUCUUCGUGGACCUGGAGCCCACCGUGAUUGAUGAGGUUCGGGGAGGAGUCUACCGCCAGCUCUUCCACCCUGAACAGAUGAUCACCGGUAAGGAGGAUGCUGCCAACAACUAUGCCCGUGGGCACUACCCCAUCGGCAAAGAGAUCAUUGACCAAGUGCUGGACAGGAUCAGGAAGCUGGCUGACCAGUGCACAGGCCUCCAGGGAUUCCUCGUGUUUCGUAGCUUUGGAGGUGGCACCGGCUCUGGAUUCACCUCCCUGCUGAUGGAGCGACUUUCCGUAGACUAUGGAAAGAAGUCCAAGCUGGAGUUCUCAAUCUACCCUGCACCACAGGUCUCCACUGCCGUGGUGGAGCCCUACAACUCCAUCCUCACCACACACAGCACAUUGGAGCACUCAGACUGUGCCUUUAUGGUGGACAAUGAGGCCAUCUAUGACAUCUGUCGCAGAAACCUGGACAUCGAACGCCCAACCUACACCAACCUGAACAGACUCAUCAGCCAGGUCGUCUCAUCUAUCACAGCAUCGCUGCGUUUCGACGGGGCCCUGAAUGUCGACCUGACCGAGUUCCAGACCAACCUGGUGCCCUACCCUCGCAUCCACUUCCCCCUGGCCACCUAUGCUCCUGUGGUUUCGGCUGAGAGAGCUUAUCAUGAGCAGCUGUCAGUGGCCGAGAUCACCAACUCCUGCUUUGAGCCAGUCAACCAGAUGGUGAAGUGUGACCCUCGCCAUGGCAAGUACAUGGCCUGCUGCCUGCUGUACCGUGGGGACGUGGUGCCCAAGGAUGUCAACGCUGCCAUCGCCACCAUCAAGACCAAGCGCAGCAUCCAGUUUGUGGACUGGUGCCCCACGGGCUUCAAGGUGGGCAUCAACUACCAGCCGCCCACGGUGGUGCCGGGGGGGGACCUGGCCAAGGUGCAGCGCGCCGUCUGCAUGCUGAGCAACACCACGGCCAUCGCCGAGGCCUGGGCUCGCCUGGACCACAAGUUCGACCUGAUGUACGCCAAGCGAGCCUUCGUGCACUGGUACGUGGGCGAGGGCAUGGAGGAAGGGGAGUUCUCUGAGGCACGGGAAGACAUGGCCGCUCUGGAGAAGGAUUACGAGGAGGUGGGCCUGGACUCCUACGAGGAUGAAGAGGAGGGCGAGGAGUAGAGAAGCCCCUGCCAAAAAGGACUGUGCUCCUUCCCCGUGUUACCUGCAGAAACCCUUUGCAAUAAACCGUUUCAGAGCCUCCAUGUCUCCCACUAACCCCCCAGCUGUAUUGGUUUCUUGCCAGGUCAGGUGUGUGGUGAGUGCUUCAGCUCUGCUGCUGGUGCUGCCAUGCAUCCUCCCAGCGCUCUGCUCAGCUCC